AUGACCUUCUUAGGCGCCUUUCCCUUGGCGCCCGUGGUGGUGGCCUUGGGGAUCCCAUCCCCGCUGAGGUGGCCUGGGUCUAGGGCUAGGUUCUGGUCUCUGCCUCCCAAGGAUGCCAGGGGUUUCCACGCGGCGUGGAGGACAGCAGGAAGUGGCACGUCCGGAGGGUGGCCUCUCCCGCCUCACUCAUCAGGUCGUCCUUGCUCUCCUUUCUCCGAGAAUCAGGGGGAAAUUUGUCCUUCUGUGGUUGGAAGGGGUGGGAGGGGGCUCGAGCUGGAGGCAGGAGCUUUUCUCUGGAAGACGAAAACCCGCAACUCACAGGAGGCCAAAGCGCAGCAAACCAGGGCUGUUGCAGGAAAGGCCACUGGGUCUGCAAACAUGAUGAAGAAAAAAGCCUCACAAAAGAAGCAGAGAGGCAGACCUUCAUCGCAGCCCUGCAGGAAUAUUGUGGGCUGCAGAAUUUCACACGGAUGGAAGGAAGGUGAUAAAUCCAUCACUCAGUGGAAAGGAACUGUUCUGGAUCAGGUGCCUAUAAAUCCUUCUCUUUAUCUGGUGAAAUAUGAUGGAAUUGACUGUGUCUAUGGACUGGAACUUCACAGAGAUGAAAGAGUUUUGUCUCUUAAAAUUCUUUCUGACAGGGUGGCAUCAACUCAAGUCAGUGAUGCAAACCUUGCAAAUACCAUAAUUGGUAAAGCUGUGAAACAUAUGUUUGAGGAUGAGCAUGGUUCUAAGGACGAAUGGAGAGGAAUGGUGUUAGCCCAAGCACCGAUCAUGAAAGCCUGGUUUUAUAUUACCUAUGAGAAAGACCCUGUCUUGUACAUGUACCAACUUCUAGAUGAUUAUAAAGAAGGAGACCUCCGUAUCAUGCCAGAGUCCAGUGAGUCUCCUCUCACAGAAAGGGAGCCAGGAGGAGUUGUAGAUGGUCUGAUAGGUAAACAUGUGGAAUAUACCAAAGAAGAUGGCUCCAAACGGAUCGGAAUGGUCAUUCACCAAGCGGAAGCCAAACCCUCUGUGUAUUUCAUCAAGUUUGCUGAUGAUUUCCAUAUCUAUGUCUAUGAUUUGAUGAAAAAGUCCUAA